GAAAUUUUUAUAAAAAUAUAACGUGCUUUUUAUUCACUUAUUUUUUGUCUUACGGGCUUUCAUAUUAGCCACAGUAUUUCGAUUAUAUUUUUUUGACUUCUGACAUUUGGAAUGUAGAAGGGAGAAGGGAGAUGUCAAACAAUGGGGUACGGCAAUGCAAAGAUCACGGAAAGAGGAAAUUGUAUUUGCUAGGCAUAGGAUAGGCCACACAAGGUUGACGCAUAGUCACCUCAUGUCCAGAAAACCUAGUAUGCACAACUUGCAACAAGUAAUCACCAUCAAGCAAAUUCUGACAUGUAAAAACUAUGAAGAAAAACUAUACGUGGUUGUAUACCUUAAUUUUUAUUAUUUUUGUUUAAUACAUUUGCAACUGAAAAAUUUUACUGUGUGCAGUUCACUCUUACUUGCUAGGUGUUUGAAAUUCACCAUUCUAGAUUUACAGCAUGAUUAUUUGUUAUUAGUAGGCAAGGAAACUUAAUCAGUAGACCUAGUUGAUCCUGUCUUACCACAUGUUUUACCUCCAAAAUUGACAAUUUGACUUUUAAUAUCAAAAAUGCACCAGCUGUUGUUCAACUGAAAUGCUUCAAUAAAAAAAAGCUAAAAGGUUGUCGAAGAAAUGCAAGUGGUAGAAACGAAAUUAUUCACAAAAGAGUCAUCUAAAAGAACUAGUUUUUACAUUUUCCUGUGGUUUAAGGUUUUGUUUGAUAUUUUAUUGUAGUGAUCAACCAAUAGCUGCUAAUUGUAGAAGUGGAUUCAACGGACCACAUCUCUGAUCCACGCCUACCAUUGUUUGAUAUUGUUUAUUAAUUUCAAUAUAUUUUAGGUUGAUUCAGCUCAUGUGUCUGAACCGGUUGAAAGUCUUGAAUUUUGAAGUUUAAACUGUUGUUGACUAUAGCUUACCAGGAGAAAAUUGUAGUUGUACUUGCAGACUUGGGUUGUAGUGGCCAAGUCCAAGCUGGUUUACAGAUUAGAAUUUUUUCUCAAGGUCGCAUUGAUUGAAUAAAAAUUGAAACUAGAUGUGAAAACCAAAAAAGUCAGUUUGGUCAAUAUUGAUCUCUUCCCAAUUUUAAUCCCCCCCCAUAGACAUCAAAUUGAAGGUAAUUAAACAAAAAGUGAUAUUCAGAGGAAUAUUCAAACUCUGCCAUAAUUGAUCAUAUCACUGAAAUACAUUUUGAUUCAAUUUAAGACUUUCUGUCUGCCUAACAACUACAGAUCAUUGAAAGUAAUUGUUUAUUCAAUGUACUGACAAAAAGUGUAAAAUAUAAGUUGUUCAAUUUAAGAACACUGAAUAAACUACAAAAUAUUAUGUUAUAGAAAUUACUGAAAGAGAUCAUUCAUCCCAUUAAGGUGAGAAUUAUGUUUCAAUUUACAAUUUUAACAGGAAACAUGUAUAGAAUUUUUAUUUGAGUAAAAGAGUAGACAUAAAUAGUUAAUGCACAACUGCACAAGUAGAUAGUUUCAGACUCAACCAAAUGUGCAGUAAUAAAAUGUAUAAAAAAUUUUCAGUGAAAACCAAAAGACGAGCAAAGACGAAGAUGGCUGGCCUCACUUUGUCAGUUACAAGGUGUGUCAAACUGAUGAAGCACACCAUGCCUGUCAAACGGAUAAGUCCCCUUGCUGGCGUAUUCAUAGCCGGCGCUUUGGAGUACCUCAUCAAGGAGGUGUUCGACUUGGCUGCGAAUAUCGCCAAUCUCUACGGAAAAGUCCGGGUCACUCCGAGGCACAUCUUGCUGGCGAUCAAAAACGACGAAGAGCUUGACAGCCUCCUGGCUGCGGUUACGAUUGCUCAAGGUGGCGUUGCGCCACUACCAAACAUGAUACAAAAAGAAAUUACAAAGAGGGCGAAGAAAAAAUAUGCUCAUCUGCUCAUGAAGAAUAGAUGAAAUAUUUCAACAUUUAAUUUUUAAAUGCUUAUGUGUACAUAAUUUGUUUUACAUUUGGUGUAAGUUGAAAUGGUACAAUUUCCUUUCAAUGUUUCAUUUGUUUUGAUUAAACUGUUUAAAACAAUUCAUGAAUAUGUAAUGCUGAAAGAUGUAAUGUUCUAACUUUGUUUCUUAAAAUUUCUUAAAAAACAAAUUAUGUAGUUAAGGAUGAAUUGUAAUUAUUCCUAUCAGACAGAUUUAGAUCUAGAUGUAGGAAGCCCCAGCCAAAAAAAAAAAAAAAAAGUGUAGGGCAGUCAAUGAAUUUUUGAAAGAAUCUAUAUACAUUUAAAAAUGAACAUUCAAACUAGCCAUAUGUUCAGAAAUGACCAAAAUACAAAUUCAUCACUGCAACCCUCAAGAAAUCACGCUCAGUUUUUUCUGAGCUUUCCAUGAUCAGUGCUAACCAAACUUUAAUUGACUGGUUGGAAAAGAUAAUUCUAAUUGCAAACUGGAUAAAAUACGUUGUUGCUCUACCACUUGAGCUAUCGUGACCUCGAUCCACUCGGACACCA